ACGACGAAUAGUGAGAUCUUUGUGAGAUUGCCUUUACUGUAUGGACUUUUUUCAAAGAGAUUUUGCAAUGAUUGUCGUAUCUAUAUGAAUCGAGCGGGAUUCCUUUAGAGCUGUUGGCGAAUCAGUAUUUACGAACAUUAAUCAUGAUUUUGAUGUAAUCAGUAAUAAUUGCAUCAUGAAAUACUUUAGCAACAAUAAUAAUAAUAAAUCUGAUAAGUUUUUCGUUCGUUGUUUUUUCUACAAGUUCUUCUACCCUAAGCUAGUUCAAUAUAAAAGCAAGGCUUAACUGGCUGUUUCCCAGUAUCAAUCUGAUACUCUGAGUGAACUAGUUAUCAACUUAGGUCUUGAGUUUUGUUCGAGAUGAUCGUGUGUACAACUUUGUUAUACGUUGCUGUGCUAUUGAUAUUCCAUGUGGAAACUGAUGCUCAAAACGUUACAGUACCUUCUCGAGAUAUAGUUGAACACCGGACGAAAGAAGUCUGGCUGCAACAACUACUGUUAAAAACUUACAAGAUCAAACAGAAAAAGUCCUAUAUUACCGAGAUCAUUAACCAAAUAUUGCAGCAAAUGAAACGCAAUCAAGAGUCCAUCGACAAGAAAUUUACAUACAAGGAGAGACUAUCGAAGAGAUUACAAAUGACCAUGAGCCUGCUGAGGGAUAUGAUAGGCCAGAAUCUUACCACUCUGGAAAUUCAAUCAAAUCUCGCGAAAAAGAAUGUUGAAUCAAUGAUCGACAAGAAGGAGCAUUCAGAAGGAAUAACAUCAACCAUCAUCCGUAGCAUCAGUCAUCAGAGUGAGACUUUGGCGCAUGACCGUGCCACGCUGCAGAGUUAUUCGUCUACCAUCCUGAAGGAAAGACAGUCUCUUGAUCACCAGCUAUCACACCUGGAGGAGCAGUCAGAAGGGUCAAUAUCAAGUAUCAGCGAAAGCAUCAAUCAUCAGAGUAAAUCUUUGGCUCAUAACAGCGCCACGCUGCAGAGUCGUUCGUCUACCAUCCUGAAGGAAAGACAGUCUCUCGAUCACCAGCUAUCACACCUGGAGGAGCAGUCAGAAAGAUCAACAUCAAGCAUCAGUCAUCAGAGUGAGACUUUGGCGCAUGACCGUGCCACGCUGCAGAGUCAUUCGUCUACCAACCUGAGGGAAAGACAGUCCCUCGAUCACCAGCAAUCACACUUGGAGGAGCAGUCAGAAGGGUCAACAUCAAGUAUCAGUCAUCAGAGUGAGACUUUGGCGCAUGACCGUGCCACGCUGCAGAGUAGUUCGUCUGCCAUCCUGAACGAAAAACAGUCCCUCGAUCACCAUCAAUCACACCUGGAGGAGCAGUCAGAAGGGUCAACAUCAAGUAUCAGCGAAAGCAUCAAUCAUCAGAGUAAAUCUUUGGCUCAUAACAGCGCCACGCUGCAGAGUCGUUCGUCUACCAUCCUGAAGGAAAGACAGUCUCUUGAUCACCAGCUAUCACACCUGGAGGAGCAGUCAGAUAGAUCAACAUCAAGCAUCAGUCAUCAGAAUGAGACUUUGGCGCAUGACCAUGCCACGCUACAGAGUCGUUCGUCUACCAUCCUGAGGGAAAGACAGUCCCUCGAUCACCAGCUAUCACACCUGGAGGAGCAGUCAGAAGGGUCAACAUCAAGUAUCAGCGAAAGCAUCAAUCAUCAGAGUAAAUCUUUGGCUCAUAACAGCGCCACGCUGCAGAGUCGUUCGUCUACCAUCCUGAAGGAAAGACAGUCUCUCGAUCACCAGCUAUCACACUUGGAGGAGCAGUCAGAAAGAUCAACAUCAAGCAUCAGUCAUCAGAGUGAGAUUUUGGCGCAUGACCGUGCCACGGUGCAGAGUUAUUCGUCUACCAUCCUGAAGGAAAGACAGUCCCUCGAUCACCAGCUAUCACACCUGGAGGAGCAGUCAGAAGGGUCUACAUCAAGUAUCAGUCAUCAGAGUGAGACUUUGGCGCAUGACCGUGCCACGCUGCAGAGUCGUUCGUCUACCGUCUUGAAGGAAAAACAGUCUCUCGAUCACCAGCUAUCACACCUGGAGGAGCAGUCAGAAGGGUCAACAUCAAGUAUCAGCGAAAGCAUCAAUCAUCAGAGAAAAUCUUUCGCUCAUAACAGCGCCACGCUGAAGAGUCGUUCGUCUACCAUCCUGAAGGAAAGACAGUCUCUCGAUCACCAGCUAUCACACUUGGAGGAGCAGUCAGAAAGAUCAACAUCAAGCAUCCGCCGACGAGUCAAUCUGCAAAGUGAAACUAUGACUCAGACACAGGAGAGUCAAUCGUCUACCGUAAUGAAGGAACGACCGUCCGUUUAUCAGUAGCUAUCACAGUUGAGAGAACUAUCACAAGAGUCAACAUCAAGCAUCAGUCGAAGUAUUUUCCGAAAGAAUGAAACUAUCGCUCAAAACCUUCCAACGCUACAGAGUCAAUCAGUGUCAACCAGCUGAGUGAAAUUUUGAAUCAAACCCAUACAGAGCUACAGGCACAAAUGCUGCUAUGAUAUGAAGUGAAGGCCGUUGCUAGCGUCACUUUCACGCAUUCACCCAAAACAAUUUCUAUAGGUGUGGUCAUGUAUAUCUUGCUCAAGAAUGAUUAUUAGCAUCCUGAAAAUUGUUUACCAACAAAAGAAAUAAAAGUCGAUUAAAAGAGA